GUGAAAACAAAACAUGAGUUUUACUAUUUAUGAGCACAUGAGAUGAGAGAAGUUUUGAUUCUGUAAAUUCUCUAACAAGAAAAAAACUUGUGAAAAUCAGUUAUAAGAGGAGAAGUGAGAACUUAAGAAGGAAGAAGAAGAAGAAGAAGAUAAGAGAUAAUGGUGGUGAUGAGAGGAGAGACGUGGGGACAGUUUGGUUCAGCCAUUGCCAGCUUCAUGUUCCUCUGGGCAAUGCUGAAUAAGUACUUCCCCCAUUACCUCCGAGCCUCCAUCGAAACCCGCUUCCAGAAACUGGCCAACUACUUCAACCCGUAUGUUCAAAUCACCUUCCACGAGUUCUCCGGCGACCGCAUGAAGCGCAGCGAAGCGUACAAAUCCAUCGAGAACUACCUCGGUUCCAGAUCAACAAAACAAGCGAAGAGGCUCAAGGGAGAUGUCAAUCAGGAAAACCAUUCUCUGGUCCUCGCGAUGGACGAUCACGAGGAGGUUACCGACGAAUACGAGGGCAUCAAGUUCAAGUGGGCUUCGAGAAAGACCGUUCGCGAAUCGAAGUCGAUCACUUUCUCCCCUCCGCAAGACGAGAAGCGAAGCUACAGGCUCACGUUCCACGCGAAACACCGGAAGACUGCCACCGAGACGUACCUCGAUCGCGUGCUGAGGGAGGGGAGGGAGAUCGGGACGAGGAAGCGGCAGCGGAAGCUCUACAGCAACAGCCCGUCCGAUAGCUACGGGUUCAAGAGGGCGACGUGGAGCCACAUCGUGUUCGAGCACCGCGCCACGUUCGACACUCUGGCAAUGGACCCGAAGAAGAAGAAGGCGAUCAUGGACGAUCUCGUCACGUUUAGCAAGGCCAAGGAUUACUACGCGAGAAUCGGCAAGGCGUGGAAGCGCGGCUACCUCCUCUAUGGACCCCCGGGGACCGGGAAAACGACCAUGAUCGCCGCCAUUGCUAAUUUCCUCAAUUACGACGUUUAUGAUGUUGAAUUGACGGCGGUUAAGAGCAACACGGACCUGAGGAAGCUGCUGAUCGAUACGUCGAGCAAGUCGGUGAUCGUGCUGGAGGACAUAGAUUGCUCGCUCGAGCUUACGGGGCAGAGAGAGAACAGGGAUGAGGAGAAGAAGGAAGAAGGACAAGAAGUUAAGAAAGAUGGUGCUCAGGAGAAGGAGGAGAAGAAAAAAGGUGGUGUCACGCUUUCGGGGCUGCUGAAUUUCAUCGACGGGCUGUGGUCGGCGAGCGGAGGGGAGAGGCUCAUCGUUUUCACGACCAACCAUGUGGAGAAGCUGGACCCGGCGCUCAUCCGGAGGGGGAGAAUGGACCGGCACAUCGAGAUGUCGUACUGCGAUUUCGAGGCGUUCAAAGUGCUGGCCAAGAAUUAUCUCGGCCUCGAAUCGCACCCUUUGUUUGGCGCGAUUCGGAGCCUGCUGGAAGAAAUCGACAUGACUCCUGCCGAUGUCGCGGAGAAUUUGAUGCCCAAGACAGUUGAGGAGGAUGCCGGUGUUUGCUUGGGAAUCUUGAUUGAAGCCAUUGAGAAUGCCAAGGAAGAAGCAAGGAAGAAAUUGGGUGAGAAGGAAGAAAAGGCGGAAGCUGAGCAAGGCCAAGAAGAAGAGAAAGCAAUGUUUACCAAAAAGAAAAAGAAAAAAGAGAAAAGAGAAAGCAAUGGAAAAAGGUGGGGAGGAAGUGAAUCUGAAAGCUGAGAGAGAACCAAAAGAGGAGGAAGAAAAGAAGAAGAAAAGACCUAGAAUUGUGUCAUGUCACUCUAGUUCUAUUUAAUUUUAGUAUUAAUUAGUGUGUUUUUAUCUUAGAAUUUAACUUCUGAAAUGACUCGUUAAUGGAACUCAUGCUUAUUUAGAGAUGGGUUACGAAAUGG